AUGAGAAAAGCCCCUCCCCGCAUCGUCCUCGACUGGGACGGCACCCUGACCAGACGCGACACUCUUCACGUCGUGGCGGGGAUCGGCUACAAACGUAAUCGACACCGGGGAGGUCGCGAUCUCAUGCCAUGGGACCAGAUCGUCCAGGCGUAUAUAUCAGACUACACUGCGCACCGGGACUCGUACCGGCCGGCCAAGUCGCAACGCACGACUGUGGGCCAGGAGAGCGCGUGGCUGGCUAGCUUGGGGGAAGUCGAGCGCAGAAGUGUCCAGCGGGUACGGGGUGCGGGGGUCUUUGCGGACGUGACUGAGGAGGAUGUUUGCGAGGCGGCGGAGGAUGCAGUCCGGGGCGGCGAGGUCCAGUUACGAGAUGGAUGGAAGGAUGUUCUUGCAGGUGCGAGUCGUUGUGCGCGGAGUGAGACUGCUGCAGCAGAAGCAACAGCUCGGCCUCCCCUUGCGAUUAUCAGCGUGAACUGGAGCGCCGCCUUCAUAAGGGCGUGUCUAUCAGCGGCGGCAGCGUUGGGAGAUUGUCCGCCGCCUAUGAAAGACACGGUAGACUCUAUCGAAAUCCUCUCUAAUCACCUCGCCUGUGAACCUUCAGAAAACACUUCGGGGACCACCACCAGCAUUCACACCAGCGCCGACAAGCUGGAAGCCCUCAAUCGACUACGAGAGAGCGGGAAUGGCGAUAUUCUCUACGUGGGCGACUCCGCCACGGAUUUCGACUGCCUCGUCGCUGCCGACGUGGGCAUCUGUGUGCGCGACGAGCCGCUGGGCAGCGGACAGGCCGAGUUGAAGGAAUGUCUGGAGCGAGUGGGUGUCGAGGUGUCAAGGCUCGACUGGGACAAGUGGAUCGAGUAUCAAAGGGGAGGACAUAGAGGCCCAAGGCAAGGGAAGCAUUCUGUGGUCUGGUGGGUGGCGGAUUUGAGAGAAGUGGCGAGCUUCGUCGAGAAGUACUGCGACCUGGAUUGA